AUGGCGCCGCUCAGCCUCGCCGGCGAGCUCUUAUUCCUCCGCCGUCGCGGCAGGAGCUCCGCCCGCACGAGCCCGCCGCCCAGCCCUUUCCACGCCUCUUCUUCCUCCGCCGUCGCGGCAGGAACUCCGCCGGCACUCGCCGCGCUGGCCGAGCCGGCGAACGCGCUGUCGUUGCCCACCUGGGCCGUCCACGCCUCUUCUUCCUCCCCCGUCGCGGUAGGAGCUCUGCCGGCGCUCGCCGCGCUCGCCGAGCCGGCGAACGCGCUGUCGCUGCCCACCUGGGCCGUCCACGUCUCCAGCGUCGCGGAGUGGUACGUACUAGUACAUGCUUCUCUACCGCAGCCUACUCCUGUUGAAUCUCCCAACGAUUUCUGCUUCCUGCAAAGAUCGAAUCUCUGAGGAGGGGAAUUGCAGAGGAAGGGGAUAGAACUGACAUGUGGGCCCCACAUGUUAACGGUCAAAGUUAACGGUGCUGACUUUUUCAGUCCUGGCGGAUGGGCCCAGUCUGUCAUAAGCGCGUUUAAAAUGGACAAUCGGUCGAUUUAGAGACAUGGUAGUUUUUAGUCAUAGAUUAGCAAAAAAAAUGAUAGUUUUCGGCACAAAUUCGUAAAGUGGUAGUUUGUGGGCACGGAUCCACGAAUUAUGGUAGUUUUUGGUUAAAUACUCCCCCUCUUCUCCUUUCUCUUAUUUUUCCCCUUUCAUUCUCUUCUUUCCCCUCUACCAUGAUCACUUGAUUGAUGCCAUAUUUUCUCAUGUGCUAUCUGCUAAAACAAAUGAAGCCAGCAAAUUGCUAGAUAUUUCAAAAAAAACAUUAAUCGCUUUCUUUUCCUUUUUGUAAUACUUUGACUGUGUGCAUUCCCGAUGUCUUGACUAGCUUUUUAUAUUGUGUUGGUGUACAUAUCGAAUGCAUGUAGGGUAUCUUCUUGAUAUUAAUAUAUUCUCCUUAUCGGAAAAAAGUAUGUCUAGUCCUUUCAUGAGCCUGGUAUAGUACCCUUGGACCCCCAUGUGGCGUCUUCAGAACUUGAAAUGUCUAGCCGGCACUUACUGUCAAAAAAAAAAAGGAAACAAUCUAGCCGGCACCUAAUGCCGGCUGCAACUAAUUGGCCAGCCACCUCGUCAAGAGUGCAUCGAAAUAUAUUUACAACAAGAUUCCCUGUGGAUGAUGAAUGAUUGCCGAUCGAUGACUCGAUCUAUGUAAACUGACCGUCUGUGCCAAGCUGUACUCCUUGCCUCGUAUUCCUGGCAUGGUCUAGUUGUAAGAAGAAGCCAGCGAAAGAUAAAAGCAAAGCCUGCAGAACUGUAAAACCACUCACCGUUUCUCUUCGAAAGUCUAGCUACCUACAGUAGUCCAACCUAAGUGUAUAGGAGAAGG